AUGGCAACCACCACUGAAACCACAGUUAGCUUGAAGCUUCUGAUAGAUUCAAAAGGGCAAAGGGUUCUAUAUGUUGAAGCUGGUAAAGAUUUUGUUGAUUUUCUAUUUAACAUAUUGUUAUUGCCGGUUGGAACUGUUACAAGGCUGCUAACAAAGCAAGGCAUGGUUGGAUGCCUUGGGAACCUUUACCAGAGCGUUGAGAACCUGGGUGAUGCAUACAUUCAGCCCACAACAAACAGGGACACCUUGCUGAAACCAACAUGUUCUUCAAACCUGGCAACCAAUGGUCCUCUCUUGUUGCCUAACAUCCACUCAUCAACACCACAAGGAUUAUAUCGAUGUUCAUAUCAGUAUGGUACCAAUUGUCGUUCGUAUUAUACAAAUGACGCCACAACUGCUUGCCCAUCUUGCAGCAAUGCCAUGAACACCCUUGCAACAUUUGUGAACUCCAAAAAUAAGGUUUCAACUGCAUCAUCUGCAACAAAUGAGGGUGGUUAUGUGAAAGGGGUCGUUACAUAUACGAUUUUAGAUUAUCUGACAGUCACACCGAUGUCAACUAUUUCAAGCAUAACUAUGCUCAAUAAGUUCAACGUCAAACAAGUUGAUGCUUUGGAAGAGAGUUGGUGUGGAGCUAUUGAAGGCAUCGAUGCAGUCCAAGACGGUGCUCACUGA